CGGGUGCGCAAAGAGAUGGCGGACAAGGAUGGCUCAGUGCGCCGCUACGUGCGCCGGAGCUGCGGCCCGGGUCUGGCCCUGGCGGUUCUGGUCACCACCGUGUUGGUCGCCUGGUUCCGGCUGGCACCUGGUGCUGCCUGCCGGCAGGUGGACACAGAUGCCGGCAUGCCAGCCUGGUGGCCUGGCGCGGCCGAGCUGGCCGUCGUGCGCAGGCCCGGCCCCCUGGCGCACACGUCGGUGCUGCGCGAGGACACGCUGGCGUUCCUCCGGGCUCGGCACCGGACGUCGGCGCAGGUCUAUAACAACCGGCUGCCUCGCGCCCUGAUGCCCGAGCACUACGACAUGGAGAUGCGGCCUCGUUUUGCGGCCGAAGAGCCCUCUGCAACGACGGACGACGACGACACCUUCACGGCCACCGUGGCCGUGCGCGUGCGAUGCAUGCAGACAACCAACACAGUGGUCAUGCAUGCCGGCAAGUUCAACUUCACCGCGGCCCCUGCUGGUGCCGGACCAGCCGUGCAGGUGUGGGAGGCAUCCAACCCGCUCAGUCAGGUGGCAGUCACUACCAUCGAGAAGGGCGAUGACAGCGGCCUGCUUGUCAUCUCGCUUGCUUCCAGUCUCGAAGCCGGCUGCCAGUACGUCGUGCAGAUUCACUUCAGUGGACGCCUGGGCGACACCAGAGGCUUCUACAAGUACCACUACACUUUGGCAGACAGGAAGCAACACCUUCUGGUGACGUUCUUCGAGCCGACGUUCGCCCGCGAAGCGUUCCCCUGCUUCGACGAGCCGGACAUGAAGGCGACUUUCUCCGUGGUGGUGGUCCGGCCCGAAGCAUACCACUCCAUAUCCACCAUGCCGCUGGUGCGCUCCGAAGGCAGAACGGGCGGAUACGUGGCUGACCACUUUAUGACUAGCGUCAAAAUGUCGACCUACACGCUCGCCUUCAUGAUCAGCAACUACACUGCCACGAAGAAUGGAAAGGUGUCCGUCUGGACGCGUCCCGACGAAGCGGAUCAGGCCGGCUAUGCUGCCGAGAUCACUCCUCUGAUGAUCGACUACUUUGAACGGCUCCUGGAUGUGCCCUACGUUCUGCCCAAAAUUGACCUGGUUGCGCUUCCGUCGUUCCUGGUGGACGCCAUGGAAAAUUGGGGGCUGCUCACUUUCCAUAGGAACAGCCUGCUCUUCAGCGACGCCAAGGACGCCGUCACGCACAAAGUGGCCAUAGCGACGGUUAUAUCGCACGAGCUGGCACAUCAGUGGUUCGGCAACCUGGUGACAAUGCGAUGGUGGAACGACGUGUGGCUCAACGAGGGUUUCGCCUCCUACAUGCAGUACCUGGGCGUCGACGCCGUCCACCCAGAGUGGAAUAUUCUGAACCAGUUCACCGUGACCGACAUGAUGCCCAUCAUGAAGGCGGAGUACAACACGGACAGUCACCCUCUGUCCGUGGACGGGAACUUUUCGACCGAACUGGACAGCCUGUUUGACCGAAUCGUCUACAACAAGGGACCCUCUAUCGUGCGAAUGAUGUCGUACUUCCUCUCACCUCCGGUCUUCCUCAAGGGCCUCAGGGCUUACCUAAAGAAGUACAGCUUCGGCAACGCGGAUCAGGACCAACUCUUCGCGGAACUCACCAAGGCGCAACCCGAAGGCGGUCCGCAUGUCCGAGUGGAUGUGAAGGAAGUGAUGGACACGUGGACGAGGCAACCGGGCUACCCAGUGGUGGACGUUGUCCGGGACUACGAAGCGCGCACAGCCUCACUCACACAGAGGCACCACUGCGUCAGGCCCGACCAGUCAAGAUUGUGGAUCAUUCCCAUCACGUACACGGACGCUGAACACAAGAAUUUUACGAACACCGAAAACGUAAUGUGGAUGAAAACUACAAAAGCCAUGCUGCAAAAUCUUCCCGAGAAGAACGAGUGGAUCAUUUUGAACCUGCAGUCGGCCGGCUACUACAAGGUCAACUACGACGUCGACAACUGGGCCCUUCUUCGAAGACAGCUGCUCAUUGCUCCAGAGGUGAUUCCCGUGCCCAACCGUGCGCAGCUGAUUCAAGACGCGAGCGACCUGGCUCACUCGGGAGACUUGAGCUACGCGGUGGCCUAUGGACAUUCUGGACUACGUGCGUCACGAGACGGCGUACGCGCCGCUCAAGACGUCCCUGAACACGGUCGAGGUGCUCGACGGCCGGCUACGAGCUACGGACUUCUACGACAAGUGGCAGACUUACAUGAACGGACUGUUGAAGUUCCACUUCGACCGCCUGCACUGGGAAGCCAGAAAAAAUGAAAGCAUGCUAAUAAAGAUGAUCCGCAAAGACGUUGUUUUCUGGUCCUGCCAAUACAAUUAUCAACCCUGUAUCGAGGACUGCUUGAGAAGCUUCAAGACCUUCAUGAACAGCCCUGUCCUCCUGAAAGAUGCUCUGAGGCGCGACCUGACGGGCACGCUGGUGACGCUCUGCCACGGCAUUCGGCUGGGCGACAACACAGGACUGGCGCUUCCUGGCCGACCACAUCCGCGACGCCAGCAGCGCGGAAGAGGCCCAUGUCAUCGUGAGCGCCCUGGGAUGCACCGGCGAAACCA